UCGGUGCAAGUCGUCGGUUGUAAAUAGGUGAAAAGAAUCAAGCACUUGCUGAGGGCUAAGUUGGUGAUUAGUUUUCUUUAGAAUUUUUAACUAAACACAUUGGUGUGGUUUAAGGAGAACACACACACAAAAUAGUGCAGCAAAUUGUGAUUGUAAGCAGAAACAAUGGUUCGGCGUAUCCUAGCAACCGUGACGGUGCUCCUAACGAUCGCCACCACCCGUACGGAAGCCCGUCCCGAGCCACCAAUUGGUAACGGAGCCGGUCCCUAUCCUCCAUCCCGUCCAUCGGAACAAGGAUACAGCUACAGACCACCAUCGCCGUCAGUUUCCAUCAACAGCUUCGGGACGGCCACUGCAGAGUAUGCUCCCCCGAAGCCAAUAAUCCACAAACAUGUGUACGUGCACGUUCCCCCGCCGGAGCCCGAAGUUCCCGUCACCAGGAAACCCAUCACCGUGCCUCCACCCCAGAAGCACUACAAAAUCGUCUUCAUCAAGGCGCCGUCGCCGCCGACGCAGCCUCCACCGGUGAUACCGCCGUUGCCUCAGAACGAGGAGAAAACCCUAGUCUACGUGCUGGUCAAGAAGCAGGACGAACCGGAGGAGAUCAUCAUUCCGACGGCGGCUCCGACGCCUCCCUCAAAACCGGAGGUGUACUUCAUUCGCUACAAAACGCAGAAACAGGAAGGGAGUUUCGGUGGUCCAUAUCCUGAAAGCGGAUCCCCAAGCGGAGAGUACGGAGCGCCGCCGGGACCAAGCCCCAGCACCAGCUACGGUGUCCCGCUAUAGGUCGGUCCUGUCCGAGUACGUGUACCAUAAGUUUCUCAAGCUGUACGGGCUGUACCCGGCUCCAGAUCUUCCUGACCUAACCUAAAACCAGAACGGUGAGACUAUGUUUGGUAUUCUUAUUCUUCUUCACUAGAGUCAAUGUUUUAGCCAAUAAAAACCAGUUCUAUACU